AUGGGACUGGAGAAUUUAUUAAAGAUUAAUGUUGUUUUAGCAUGGAAUAUGCACACAUUCCCAUCCGACGAGCAAUUGCUGAACAGAAAAAGUGGAGAGAAUCUGAUGGUGGUGUGUUCCUUGAAAGGUUUUGUGUUCAGCGAUUCACAAGCAGACGUUCAAAUCGAAUGGUAUAAAGAGGGACGAGCACGAGCUAUUGGACGAAUGGGACGAGUGAUGACACUGAGUAAAGGAAAAGCAUUAUCGAAGCAGUUGAUGUUCGUGAAGCCGGCUGUGGAGGAUUCUGGUUUGUACAGUUGUGUGGCGAAGACUUUCGACGGAGAGGUGAAGCAAAAAUCAGUGAAUAUCACUUUUAUAAGUAAGAUUUUAUUUAUUAACGACAUCGAGUCGAAAGUUUUGUUCGAAAAUGGUGGGUCGAUAAUUAUAAUUUGCAUAAAGAGACAUAUUGACCAUCUGCUGUUUGGUUUAGGUGGUCCACGAGGCUAUGAAUUACGUGAUAAUAAUCAGAUGUUGUUCAUUCCAAAAUUCGAAUCGGAACACGACGAUGGUGAAUAUCAGUGCAAUGCGGCACAGUUCGCAUCGUUUGAGACACUCUCGAUAAAUGUGACUGCGUAUGCACCACCGCAGAUAACCGUAUUCGAUGGGCCAACUGCGGGCAGAGCCUACGAAGGACGUACGGCCCAGUUUCAGUGUCAAGCAGUUGGAAAACCGAAACCCAAUUAUAAAUGGCUGAGAAAAACGGAUGGAGGAAAAGAAGAGGAAAUUGUAGCAACGGACAAAUAUUCAGUGGACGGAGGACUUCUGCUGGUGCAUUCGCUGAUAGCGAACGACGCUGGAGUGUAUAGUUGUAUAGCGACGAACACGUUGGACAGUCAGCGUUUGGACUUCAAUUUGUCGAUAUUCAGAAAGCCAAAGAUCGGAAAGAUGGAGAAUGUGACACGAGAACGCAACGACGUGGUGGAACUACGAUGUGCGUUCAGUGGGGACGGUAGAAUCGAUGCGAAAUGGUUACAUCAAGGCGUGGAAUGGUCCGAGAGAAUUACAACUGCGGGUAAUGCACUGGAUGUAACAGCUCUAGCAUCGUUCGAAGCAGGUGAUUCGGAUGACUCCGAGAAUGAGACGUAUAGUUUCGAUGAGGAUGAUGACGGUGUUGCUGAACACCACAUCGAAGACGACGAUCAAAUUAUAGCCGAUUACGGCAGGCGGAAACGACAGGAUGAUUCGCGAAUCUCGGUUCGUCGUGAACAGAAUGCGUUAGUGUUACGGUUGGAAAUGGUAGGUGAGGACGAUGCAGGUGUUUAUCAGUGUGUGGCAGAGAAUGAGGCGGGUGUUGAUCGACGUUCAACAUUUCUUGCGAUUACACAUGAACCAACAAUAACGGCGCAUAGCGAUCAACAGCGUGUACUGAUCGGAUCAGAAGUGAUGUUGUGGUGUGAGGCAAGUGCCGUGCCAGAUCCAACGUGGACAUGGAAUGGACCGAAUGGCCUGAUCGAAGCAGACGGCACAAAAACAUUGAUCCACUCUGAAGCGUCUAUCACUAAACUUACGAUAACAAGUACGAGUGGAACGGAUUACGGAAAUUAUGUGUGUAGUGCAGAGAAUGGAAUUGGUUCAGCCGUACGAGCCGUUAUUGAAGUGGUGCAAAUAUUUGUUCCUGACACACCCACCGAGGUGAAUUGUCAUGCGCAUAUCUAUCCGAAUUUUGCAACAUGUAAGGUGAAUGGUUUCAAUAAAGCUGAUCAAGGACAUCGGCCAACUCGAUAUGUCUUCUACUUGUCAAGAGAUACAGAGGUGGACAGUGCGUUCGACUGGCAAAAACAGGCACGCAAUGUGAGCAUGCCGUUCUCGGUGGAUGCCGAAAUGCGAAUAGCAGAUCUGGAGCCGAAAAGCCGCUACACAGUUCGUGUGAAGGCACUGAAUGAAGCCGGUGAAUCGGCAUUGAGCGAAACGGACUUCAUCGAAACCACUGAUCCAUGGGCGCCUGAAACGCCGCAAGUGAUUCACGCCGAUUGUUUAAGGGUGUGCUCACUAGCGUGGCGUCCACCGAACGAUCACGGUUCACCGAUCCACUCGUAUCGUGUUUUUAUACGCGAAGUACUCAAUAAGCAUCCGCGUGAACUGGCAAACGAUAUGAGUGAGAUUCAAUUGAGUGGUGACGAACGAAGUGUGGAAUUAUCACUGUUGAAACCGUUGACAGAAUACGAAGUGCGCUUGAUUGCAGUCAACGAUGUGGGCAACAGUCAUCCCUUCACAACAGUCUUGAAGACACCUGAGUACUCGUUGAGUGAUGAGUAUAAGAUGAACACCAGUUCAACACGACUGAUUGUGUUGGCUGGUUUUGUGCUAUUAUUCGUUCUGAUGGUGAUCGAUGUGAUUUGUUUUGCGAUGAAUCGAUGUGGUUUAAUUGCGUGUUUCUGCAUCAAUUGUUUGGGUCGUAAUAUUCACUCAACGAAGGGCAAGGGUGUUGAGCAAAACACGAAGUCGUCUGAAAGUAAUCGGCUGUUGAACGACGGAAAACUCGAGAGUGGCGUAUUGUCGAGGGAUGAGGGGAAGGUGGCAGAUGGAGGUGGAACAGGGCCACAGUCGACAUCAGUCUGA